AUUUCCGAGGUCUUCCAAUCCAGUCCAGCAGAUUUUAAUCGGUGCCGGCCGCCGGGCCUGCUUUUACCGGCGCCUGUAAGCUCCGUUGCCUAUUUAAGCAGCCCCAGCUCGCCACAGUCGUCGCCACCGUGCACCAUUCAUCUCGCACGCCCACGGCACAAAUUAAGCAAGCUAGUCUCUCCAAGGCUUCGCUAGCUAGCUCGCCUGCUGCGACAGCCCACGACGCGCGCGCCGGCCAAGCAUUUGGACAUGGCGUCCGGGCAGAAGCAGCAGCAGCACCUCCCUAACGUGCCGAGAUGGACGCCGAGCCCGCCGCGGCGCCAGGCCCGCGGAGACGCGCACGACGAAGAGGACGCGGAGUCGGCGCUGGGAGCGUCGUCGUCCAUGCGCAGCACCGACGAAGCAUCGUUCCCCUUCGGCAGCGGCCGCGCGCGCUCGUUCCCGUUCCCGCUGACUCAGCCCUCGCUGGAGAUCAGCGUGGUGGCGGCGGCGAACGGGACAGCCGGUAGCGGCGGCGGCGGCGCCGAUGGCCCCGUGGCCCGCGAGAAGUCGCUGCGCCGGGCCGACGAAGGCGUGGUGGUAUCCUGGGAGGACCUGUGGGUGUCGGCGGCCGGCGGUAAUAAGGGCGGCCGCGUGCCCAUCCUCUGCGGCCUCAACGGGUACGCGCGCCCCGGCGAGGUGCUCGCCAUCAUGGGCCCGUCCGGCUGCGGCAAGUCCACGCUUCUAGAUGCUUUGGCAGGGAGGCUGGGUUCUAACGUGAGCCAGAAGGGAGACAUUCUGAUCAACGGCCUGAGGCAGAAGCUAGCCUACGGGACAUCUGCGUACGUUACGCAGGAGGACGUGCUGAUGACGACGCUGACGGUGCGCGAGGCGGUGCACUACUCGGCGCAGCUGCAGCUGCCGAGCGCGAUGGCGGCGCCCGCCAAGCGCGAGCGCGCGGAGGAGACGCUGCGGGAGAUGGGGCUGGAGGCCGCGGCGGACACGCGCAUCGGCGGGUGGAUGCACAAGGGCAUCAGCGGCGGGCAGCGCCGCCGCGUGAGCAUCUGCAUGGAGAUCCUCACCCGCCCCGCGCUGCUGUUCCUGGACGAGCCCACCAGCGGCCUCGACAGCGCCGCGUCCUACCACGUGGUCAGCCGCAUCGCGCGCCUGGCGAGGCGCGAGGGCAUGACCGUGGUCGCCGCCGUGCACCAGCCCAGCACCGAGGUGUACGGCCUCUUCCACGGCCUCUGCCUCCUCGCCUACGGCAGGACCGUCUUCUUCGGCGCCGCCGCCGAGACCAACCAGUUCUUUGCUCUGAGUGGAUUCCCCUGUCCAUCACUGAUGAACCCUUCGGACCACUUCCUGAGGACCAUCAACAAGGACUUCGACAAGGAUAUCGAAGAAGGCCUGAACGGAGAGACCAAAAUGACCACUGCCGAAGCAAUCGACACGCUGGUGAACUCGUACAAAGCCUCGGCCUACAUGGAGAAAGUGACGAGGCAGAUAGCCGACACGCGGGAAGCUGGAGGGGCGGUGGUGAAGAAGGAAUGGCAGGCAAGUUUCCUGACGCAGUCCUUGGUGCUCACCAAGAGGUCCUUCGUGAACAUGUACAGGGACCUGGGCUACUACUGGCUGCGCUUCGCCAUUUACAUCAUGCUGUGCCUCUGCGUCGGCACCGUUUUCUACGACGUCGGCCACAGCUACGGAUCCAUCCUGGUGAGUAAAAAGUUCGUUCCUAGCUCGCUGUGCCUGUGCAGCAUCAGGUUCGGUAUCUGUGUGGUUCUCAUCCCGAAAAAAAAAAACCCUGCUCUGCUGUGCUGUGCUGUGCUGUGCUCUGCAGGCCCGUGGCUCCCUGCUCAAUUUCGUCGCCGCUUUCCUCACCUUCAUGGCCAUCGGCGGCUUCCCGUCGUUCGUCGAGGACAUGAAGAUCUUCGGGCGGGAGAGGCUGAACGGGCACUACGGCGCGGCGCCGUUCACGAUCGCCAACACGGUGUCCGCGGCGCCGUACCUGGCGCUCAUCUCCGUGGUGCCGGGCGCCAUAGCCUACUACCUGGUCGGCCUCCAGAGCAGCUUCGGCCACUUCGCCUACUUCGCGCUGGUGCUCUUCACGACCAUGAUGGUCGUCGAGGGGCUCAUGAUGAUCGUGGCCAGCGCCGUGCCCGACUUCCUCAUGGGCAUCAUCACCGGCGGCGGCAUCCAGGGCGUCAUGAUGCUCAACGGCGGCUUCUUCCGCCUCCCCGACGACCUGCCCAAGCCCGUCUGGCGCUACCCCAUGUACUACAUCGCGUUCCACAAGUACGCCAACCAGGGCCUGUACAAGAACGAGUUCCUGGGCCUCACCUUCCCCAGCAACCAGGCGGGCGGCAGUGCCACUGCCGCCACCCUCUCCGGCGGCCAGAUCUUGACGGACUUCUGGCAGGUGGAGAUGGGGUACAGCAAGUGGGUCGACCUCGCCAUCCUGUGCGGGAUGGUCGUGCUCUACAGGAUGCUCUUCUUGGCUAUAGUCAAGCUCACUGAGAAGGUGAAGCCCAUGAUCAAGGGAUUCAGGUUCAGGAACACCGCGCAGUCCGUGCACGUAGUCGACAGAGGCUCCGGCAGUCCAUGAAUGAUGAAUCCACGACACAGCCGAUCGACGACAAAGCCCAUGAAGAGGCAACGCGCGGUACUUGUCAACCGUAGAUGUGCGAUAUGUAUAGCCAGCGAAGAGCCAGCAGUGCAAUAAUGGAUAUGCAAGCGAAGUACGUGCAAUAUUGUCACUGUCGGAAUAUGGUUCUUUGUCAGGUGCAAUGAAUAUGUUUGUGACACUCGGCAAAAUAGUCUGUUCCGAUAUUAUGUCAUUAUGUUCUCAUUGACAACGAGGACAUAUAUUUAAGCUUGCGUAAGGCUACUUUAAGGUCU